GGGUCUUUAUCUUCCAUUGUCUGACAUACUGUUUUUACAGAGACCCCGCCCUUCAUAGCUGAAUAUGGGUUAAUGAACGUCCUUACACUAACAAAGAAUAUUGGGAAAUAUUAUGAAAUAUUUUUGUAUGAAACCUAGCCUACCGGGACAUCGCAUAUAAGAUGCUGAGGGAAAAGCUACAGAAGAACAAAAAUUGAUUCAUCGACUAAUCUGGAACAUUUGAGGCUAGCUUGCUACGUGCGUGUCAUGUGUGGGUGCGUCACAGCAAAAUCUGUGGCAAUCAGUCACCAUACUUUUACAGCAUAGCGGAUCUUGUAUAACGGAGCCAGGUUUACGUGAGACACAGGCAUAUCUUUAAAUAUCCCUGUUGUCGACGUUGGGAAAUGUAAUAUAGAAUACUUCAAUAUAUAUAUUAAUUUAUUAUCGUGAAGCCGCAAAAGAGUUUGGAUUGGGUUGUUUUUAUAGCCAAAUAUUUGACUUAUUCGGUGGCAGCAAUGGAACUGGAUCGGCGACUGUUGUUGGCUCACUGCACAGCCUACACCCUUUCAGUUCUCGCCGGUUUGAUGGUGGUGGUGCCUCUCGCUCUAAACGGGUCCGACUUCAAAGGGCGAUGCGCGCUAUUCACUCAAGGAUUCUGGAGAAUGGAGAAUCGAACUGGUGUAGGGGAAGACUGCGAAUGGGUCUCUCGGUUGGUUGUACAAGAGUGGGGGCCUCCCGCUGCAUGCCAGUUCGCAACAUUUGUUGGGGUGUUCACAGUGCUGUACGGCGCGGCGCAGGGCUGGCGGAGCCUUUUUUACCUCCAUCGACAGCACGACGACACCCUGUUCUCUGCCUUCCUUACCCUACUACUGAGUCUGUGUGUGCUGUUUCUGUCCGGCGGGGCAAGCGUCACCCUCAGUCUGGGGUUGCUCUCCUGGUGUCACACCGUCACCGACCACGACAGGCGUCCAUAUAGCUGUGUAGAGGCCCAGUCUGUGCCCAUGUACUUGGAUGUUGACACCUCUUCUUUCUACACUGAACUCACCUGUGCACAGGCCUCCCUCUGGUGUGUCACAGUGCUGUGGCUGACCCACUCCAUCCUGUCUUUCCUGCGCCUCUACCACUCCCAUAGCCAGCAGAUCAGAGGCCCGUGCUUGUCCAGAGAGAAGGAGCUGCUUCUGGGACAUCCCCCACUGGAUCGCUCCCCACCACAUCCACACCCGCACCCACAUCCACAUCCACAACCACCCCCAUACACACAGGAGGCACCCAGUGUCUUCAUCUAACAGCCUUACCUCAGAAACACAUAUACUUACCCAAACACCACAGCCCCAAUAUCAAAAAACCUCACACAGUGGGGACUGUAGCUGUUGAUCGUCUGUUUACAUGUGAACCACUUAUUACAUAUAUGUUGUCCACUACAUACUGUUAUAGUGCAAUCAGAAGCUAACCUUGGUUGACUGUAUGAUAAUUAUUAUAAUUUACGAGCCAUUGUGCUUGUAGUCAGCAUUAGGUCACAGAAAAAUGCAAAGUUAAAUGCAGAAUACCAUUAACCAACCAACCUCUUUAAGUCAAAUAUUUUAUACCACAUUUCACUGAAUCCAACAAUCUAUUAGCUUGUGCCUCAUGUUUGAUUUCAGACAGUUUGAUUAACAUAGUGUACCCACAAUAACAUUGAUAUGGAUAUGUUUUGUAUAAACAUUUAAACAUUGUGCUGAGUGUGCAACAACAAAUCCACACACAUACAUUGCAUCGUCAUACAAGAAUCUAGUUCAUUACUAGAUAUGUUCUGGAAGGAAACAAACAUGUAAUCAAACUGAAAAGAUGGCAAGAAUAACAAUGUGAAAAUAGACUACAUAAUUUAGUGGUACAGGUAUAAGCAUGCUUUCACAAACUUGAAUUCUCAGUCCUCAGGGACUAGUUAGUUACUCUCGCACUUGAGAAGGUUUUUUAAUGAUGCUGUCUGUGUUGAUACAGCUGCUUAAAAGAGCAACAAGUAAAUGCAUACCAUUCUCGUAAUGUGUCUGAUGUGACGCCGGAAAAUUGCUCAAACAUUAUUUAAAUUGUAAUAUAACAAAACUUAAUCUGAAAUGGAAAAAGGGAACAUGGAAAAAUUGUAUUACUUAUUGUUCUGUGGGUUCAUUGCAUAUAUCUUGUGCUUUCCCUUCUUCUCGAAAGCUGAAUAUUUAAAAACGGGUGUAGUGUUUGAAAACCCUAAGCAUAUUUGGCUGUGGUGAUACACGGACAGCAGAGGAAAAACCGGAGGUAAUGAGAGAUCUCUAAACCUAAUCGUUUUAACAGUUCGUUAAAUUAUUGUUAUUGUUAAGGGUGUUUUAUACAUGUUAGCUAUUUAUUAACGUUUUACGAAAUUCCACGUUUACAUCUUUCUAAAGAAUGUAAUAAAUAUGUCUUUAUACAACGCA